CUUCUCUUCCUCACUUUAUCGCGCGAUGGAACACGGACGCAAGGGGAAUUCUACAGUGCUAUUGCCUGUCUCCACUAUGCUCCGAUCUUCCAAAUCCUACUUGAGAAUUAAGUCCAGUUCAGGGUUUUCAGAACCAGCAUCAACAAAUAAGCUCAGUCUUGGAUCCCAUCAACAAUUUCCACCUGAGAUCUGGACCUGUAUCAUCCAAUAUCUUUCUACACUCGAUCUCUUCAACUUUUAUAAUACCUCAACCACCCUAAGAUCGAUUGUAGCACCAUUCCUUAUUCAAGCUAUCGCCUCUAACUCUGUUUGCUUGUAUUUCUAUCAGGAGUAUGUCUGCAGGACCGGUAUCAGUUUUAUCUUUGACCAUUUUGAUCUGGCUCAUGACAAAGUGGUUUUCAGACCUCAGGCACCUGCAUCUUCUGCUGUCAUUGCAUUCCGAAUAGGCAUGACCAUACAACGACCACAAUUGGAGGAGAUAUCAGUGAAAUCAAGAGGGACCCGCUUUCAGUCCUGGCAGGCAUAUUGCUCAAAUGAUGGUAUUUAUAAGGUGAGGCGCAAGGACGACAAACGAAGGCCAGUAUUACUAGAUCGGACAACAGGAACGGUUAUUGGCGACAGUAAUGAUGACCAGUCGAGAAUUACAACAAUAUCUAGUAAAGCAGUUGCUAGGCGUUUAGGUCCUACACUUCGUUUCCUUGAUAACAGACUUGCAUCGCUCGACUAUCUGGACAGAGUUUGCCCACUUGAUGUCAAACGGACAGGUCCACGGUUACUCAGUGGGGCACAACAUUCAUUCGGUCACGAUUACCCAUGGACAUUACAUUAUACCGUUGACGAUAAACCUGAUUACAGAAGUGACGACUACAUUGCCCGUUCCACUGUCACUACUACCACCAUAGCUACAUCCACAGCCAUUGCUGCUCUUCCCGCUUUACCUCAGCAUAUAACACAGCGAUAUGGUGGUCCACAAUCUUCAAGGAGAGACAGUAGCAUCAACGGUGACAGCAACAACAACAGUAGUAUGAAGAGUGCAUCUAAGGGUCCCCGAUAUCUGCAUGCGGUGCGUUUUGAAUGCAGCAUCAAUUUUUUGGAUCCACGACGUGCUAGUCGCAGUCUGUUUCGGCGAUGGUUGGAGGGCAAGAUGAGCCAAGUUCUUCAGGUUGUCAAGGUUCGAGAUUCGACAAGCGUGUUGGUCAGGAAACUAGGUCACCAUCAUAGAACUUGUACUCACAGUACUCGUGGAAUCUUAUAGAGAAAAGAAUAAUUACAAUAUACACGAUUGCACCUGCCAUUGUGCAAAUAUGUAGGUGCAUUCAUGCAAUAAUUUAUCAUGUAAAAUAAAAAGGAAGAAC